GCGCCGUGCGGGCGGGCAGUACGGCGCAAGGGCGACAAAGGGGCAGACUGCGAAGAGUCCAUCCGCCAUUAUAGGUGGAUGGGGUCGUAAAGAGACCCGGAUGACAACGUGGUUAACUGGAUCAGUAAAUUUGUGGACUGGAGGGUGAAGCUGGGAGCGAGGAUAAGUACUUUGCCUUACAGCAGGCCCUGGACCAGCUGGGAAAACGGGCUGGAAAAUGGCGGAUGGAAUUUAAUACAGACAAGUACCCAGUGGCUGCUCGAUUUUACACGCCCGGUAGCUCGGAGGAAGAGCCGGACUGCGAGGAUUUCCCAGAUCUGCCCAUCUGCCCAAUGUUCAGCAAGAAGAUCUGCGGCACGGAUGGGGUGACCUACAUAAACCGCUGUAACCUCUGCCUCUACAACUGGCUGAACGACGUCCGGGUUAAGAUCAAACACAACGGCCUGUGCGUGAAGCCGGAGCGAGCAGAGGAGGGAGGCAGAGCGUCCGGGGGCAAUCGGGAGUCCUGGUUUGAAUAAACGUAACUGCACC